CAUAGGGUGCAUCCCCAUACGGCGUCCACUCGCCACGCGCGACUCCGCAGCUGAGCUCUCCUGAAUAAUCUUUGGGAAGGAGGGGCUCCGGUUGCGCUGCCGUCGGUGCGUGUCAUCCAGAAAUGGGAGCUCGGAGCCAGUGAACUUGGCCGAAGUGCCGUCGUGCAGUGAGCGUGCGGCCAAACGUUUCAGCGCGAGACGUUUUCGCUAAGCGAGCCGAGCGAAACAGAAGAGCCGACCAAAUGGAGCACCAGCGGCUCUCUCGGAGGAGCAGUGUUCGGCUUCUCAUCGAGUGCCACUUGCUGCUUGCACUCAUCCUGCCCUGGACUCCGCACGUUAUGAGCGGCCGCAAUGUGGACGAAGACGACCGAUGCAACCGGACCGUGGAUAUAUACCAGGGAGUGGAAAGUCCUCCAGUGACCGAGCGAAACCGUGGUCGACCCCUGCACUGCACCUACCGUAUCCGAGUGAGGCCUGCUCGGGACGACUGGGUUGUCUUCGUUCGAUUCAUCCGGCUGCGCAUUGGCGAGCCGUCCGACGACCGCCAGAGGUGCGAUGGAGGCUACGUGCAGAUCGUGGACGGAUACCGAGACUCGAACCAGUCGAACCGCGACGCUCCUGGUUUCUACUGCGGCGAGAUCGACUCACCAAAGACGUUCAUUUCGGAGACGCCACACGUAAAGAUUGUGUUCCACGCCGACGCCUACGGAUCCGACACGUACAUGCAUUUCGACGCGUCGGUCAAACAGCAAGGCGAGGUGUCAUCACGGUAUGGCCAGUACUCGCAGCUCUACCCGAACCGUCGUGGCGUGCCGGUUCCCAACAGCUACUGCCACCGGGCAUUCAGGGACUGCUCCCCAGGCCGCUGUUUUGUGCAGUCGCCGGGGUACCCUGGCAUCUACCCGCGCAACCUGCUCUGCAAGUACCGCAUCAGCGUGCGCCGAAAUCUCGUGGGCCUAGACCUAGCUGCUUUCGACGUUGACGGGCUGCGCUGCGACAACCUGCUCAUGUGCUUUCCGAGACCGGUCACCAGGGACCCGGAGCGGUGCCCCUACGACUACGUCAGGGUGUACGACGGGCCGACGGAGGACUUCCCGCUGAUCGCGACACUGUGCGGCCGCGGUCGCCUCAAGUCCAAUAUCGUGGCUACGGGAUCAGACAUGCUGGUAACUUUCACCAGCUCACCGGCGGGUCCUCUGCUCAACACGGGAUUCCACUUCAAGGCGGACGCCGUGUUCGACGCAGGAGACGGGGAGCAUGUGCAGCUGAGCAAUGGCAGCUGCCUAAUCGAGAGGAAGCUCACCGCACCAGCCGUGUUUGCAAGCCCCAGGUCCUGGUACCCGGUGAACACUACCUGUUCAUACAAGUUCACUGCACCCCCGGGUGAGCUGGUGCGCGUCGAAUUCCUUUGGUUUCGAGUGGAGCGCGUCACUCUUUGCGAGGAGGCCCUGCGCAUCUAUGACUCGCUGCGACCAGACCCGCGCCACAUCAUCACCAAGCUGUGCGACACUAACAAGCCACGCACUGAGCAGCCCAGGGCUGUGUUUGAGUCCACGGGGCCUGGCCUGCUGCUGCAGUUCAGCAGCAAAACGGGAAGCCUGGAUGGCUCGUCCAUCAGCUUCGGCUUUGAGGUUCGCCACAUUAACGCGGCCAUUUACGACAACAGAGUGAGCCCAACCGCUUGCAACCGGCGCUUCACAGCUGGCGAUGCGGACUCCCCUUCACGCGGCGCGCUCGCCGUGCACUUCUCCGACUUGGGCGCAGAGGGCCAGGCAGCAGCAGCUGUUGCCUGUAACUACACGUUCGAUGCACGUGCAUGGCCGCAUGGCCGCGUGCAGCUUACGCUCGCCUCGGUAUUCGAGACGCGCACCGACCACUGCGACCUGUGCCCCCGCGAUGGACCCGGCCGUGUCGAGAUCGUCGCCGAGACGCGAUACGAGAAGACCACUUGCCUCUGCAACGUUGGAAGAUACCGGACGCACCGCCUAGUGUCCACGGGACCCAUGCUGCAGCUGUCGUUACACCUGCGGCCAACGCCAGAGUGGAAGCGGCUGAGCGCGACUGCGCUCAAGGAUCGCCUGCUGGAGGUUUCAUUCACCUUCUACUCGGACACCCGCUGCGGUGCAGAGCGUCUGGAGCUUGAUUUGCAGGGUUCUCUGCGGUUCCCUGCCGUGCAUCAACCUUAUCGGAGCAGCCAGAAAUCCGGCUUCUCGGAAGAGGUGCUUGGCGCCGGUGGUCCUCUCUACUGCCGCUGGCAGGCGCCCGUGCUCUCCAACCACGACGUAUCGUUCCGGCUGGAGGGCUUCCAUGCGCCCUCAAGCAAUUGCACCACCAACUUCCUGCUCGUGGACGACAUCGUGCUCUGUCCGAACCCGCCCGUCAGUCAUUCGGUUCUCUUACACCGAGAGAACAUCCUCAACGCUCAGGUACCCCUUGAAUUCAGAUCUGCAGAUGCGGCCACGACCAAUUUCUCGCUGUGGUGGACCCAGGUGAAAAUACUGCCAACGCCGUCAACUCCUGACACUCUCGUCUCCCUAAGCAAGGAAUGCGAGUUCCUCUGCGCCACCAGUAUGGUGUGUAUCAAAAAGGAACUCGUUUGUAAUGGUGUUCCAAAUUGUCCACAGCGGCUGCCCGACGCCAGGCAUCCCCGCGCAUCCUCUGACGGACUGCUAAAGACAGCAGCCGAUGAGGAUGCCUUCCUUUGUGCAGCGGACCGUGCCACCGUCCAGGCCUACUGGUGGAUCAUUGGUGUGGGCCUGACUGUUUGCGUCAGCGUGCUUGUGUGCUUCGUAUUCUCAGUGUUCCGGCGAUGUCGUGCUGGGAGGCACCGGUUCUGAGAGGCGCCGGUAAUGAGGCCUUGUACCUCCAGGAAAGUUCAUGCACUACGAAGCGAUCAGUUGAUAUCGCAGGACGGUUGUGCGUAACUAUUCAAGCUCAAGCCUUGAGCUCAAACCGAAGACCUGAAGUUCUCUGCAGAAAAUUUACCGCAGAAGGCUGGAGCAGUGGGUUGUCCAAAUGGCAAUUUAUGGACCACAUAGUGACGUCGAAGCAAAUCGGGUUGUGUCAAACCAAGGUUGUUUAUUCUUCAACAAAAUUUCCUCUCCCUCAGAUAUCAGCUGAAAUGCCCGAGUUACUCAAUAACGAUGAAUACGCACCUAGACUUUGUCACUUUUCAUGGUUACAAAUGUAUACUGAGUGCUGCUCUUUAAUGUGCAAAAAACUUUGUUUAAUGGUGCCGUGAUGUGUGUGUGUGUAAUGUUCACCAGUCAACGCGAAGAAAAAAAAACAAGCAAGGACUCAUCAAGCGUUGAUGUUUAUGUAUUCACAGGGAUCAUAUCUGUCAGCGACUAUAUAUUUUCUUUUGGCUCCGCGGGUGCUGCUGUGUCUUCAGCCGAUGCAGUUUCUAAUGGGUUGGCGAUCGCUGCCCCCCCAGGUCUGUGCGCGAAAGGUUGGUUUUAUAACCUAAGCUACUUAAUAGAACAACAGCUGGGCCAGCUAUAAUUAACGCCCUGAGUGUCAACAUCAGCGCAGUGAUUUAGGGUCCUUGAAUAAAAACAAUUUUCUUGCAUGGUUGUUCCGCAGAAAAACUUGUUCUCGUAACAAUAGGAAGGGAAAAGGCGACUACAGGGUUUUUUGCCUAAGUUUUUUCCAUGUGUUAGAACGUCCUAGCGAUGGCUUAAAUUUUUUGCACCUCUGGAUUGAAGGCUACCUUAUUCAGUCAAUUGUCUGUCGUUAUGUUGUAACACACAGACCUCUUGCGGAAGCACCAGGAUGAAAAUUGUAAAAGAUGUAUUCGCUCAACCUUGGCAUUCGUACAGCAUAAAAUAAAGA